GGACUAGAACCGAGAGCGGCGCUGAAACCGUAAACAAGCGGGGCCCCGCCGCCUCCGGAGACCAGGAAGACGGAUCCGUCCCGCCCUCCGCCCCCGUGAGGAUGACGAUAGGUGGCUGCAGGUGAGAGAGGAGGGCAGAGACGUGUCCCGACCUGGGUGGAGUAUGCGUGUAAAGACGCACUUCGGAGAGUCCCUUCAUUAGAAAGAGACAGUCAGUCGCACUCAGGAACUACAGGACCCUGAUCAGGAUCUGUGCUGGGAGUCUGGAGACGAGUCGUCCCACCAUGGAAGCACAAACAGAAAAUCAGCGGCCGAACAACGGCCAGCUGAUUUCUGUUCCUCACAAGGACACGAUCCGUCUGCUGGAGGUGUACGUCAAGCGCAGCCUCAGCCUGAAUGACGGGACGCUGGGAGAUAAGAGGACUCGGAGGAAAGAAAAGUGGGUGACGAUGCCGAGAAAGCAAAGGCGACAUUCCAGCGACCCUUCCCUUCACUUGGCCGAGGGAUUAAACGACGAGGAAAUCGGCACGUUCGCACCUGUGGUCGAGCCCCCCGCCAGCCAGCCCGCGACGCCUCACGAAGACUCGGAGAAACCCGGCAAAAAGUCAAAGAAGAGCAAGAAGCCCUCGUUUUGGAAAAACCUCUUUGGCAUUUUCAAUCGGAAGAGUAGCGAGGAGGAGGAGGACAGUCCAUCGGAGAUCCCGGAGAUCUCCCAAGCAGAGAAGGUCUCUGACUCUGCGACCACCUGCCUGCCAACAACCCCAGUUACUCUACAGAAGAGAAAGUCCAUGAAAAGAAAAAACAUGAAAAGGAGGUUCUCCAAACGGCGGCUGUCUAUGACUAAACUAAACAAACCUGGCAAAGAUCUCAACCCUGCUGACAUCACCCGAGUAGAAGCCGUCAUCAGCGUGGAGCCGACGUACGCCUACUAUGAGAAGGUGUCAGAGGAACUGGAGAGGAUCGUCCACGAGGUUAAAGAGAAAGAGGAAGUCGAACCCCUCUCUCAUGAGGAGGUCAUCAACAGGAUCAUUGCUUUGACAAAGGAGCAGGGUGACGCCAUAGACGACAAGCUGAAGGAUAACCCCACCCUGAACAACUUCUUCCAGCGGAUGUCGUACUCCUCCUUCCAGAAGUUGGCUGAUGAGUAUCUGGAGAAAGAAACGUCGCCGAGCCACAAUCCUCCCAAUGUCCUACCGACAGCGCCAGAGCUGGUCAAGCUGGCCUUCACGUACGACUUCACAGCCCAGAUAGCCAGGCUGUCCAAACAGAAUGUAGGUCACAUCACUGGCCUGGGGAACCGCUACCUGCAGGACCGAUUUGAAUACAAACAGGCGUGUACAGAUCAUCCGCUGUCUGACAGCGACGACUGAGAGGACGCCAUGCAGAAGCAAAACCAUCACUGCAAGAGAAACGUUUACUGCUCAACUUCUCUCAGCCACACAGACGUGGUUCAGGAUGUGUGGCAAGCAUGAAUUCCCCUUUUUUUUAACAAUGCAAUGGACUACCUAAAACAAAUGUUAAGCUUGUGUCCGACAAAUUGUUGCCGAUUUCAUGAGAGUUUUACAGUUUUGUGACGGAUGCUUGUGUAAUUCUGCUGCAGCAGGAUGUUUGCAGGAAAACCAGCUGAAUGGCUUUGGUUGAUUUGAGUGUGUGUUUUUCUCAGUGUUGACCGGUUUUUGCAAUAUUUCCAAAUGACACGCAGGUGAUUUGUCAGGUGACACUAUGCAGUAAAUGUGAUGCUCUUUUUACAAAUCCGCCAUUGAAUUCAAUACUUUCUGUACGCUGAUUUCUCAUACAAAAGAGCAAGGCAAUAACUUUUUAUUUAUAUAAGCUAGACAACUCUGUGCAAUAGUUUUUUUUUUUGUUUGUUUUUUUACAUUUCUAAGAUUUCAAUAUUAGCAAAACCUUAUGUACAAGUUCAGUGUGUCAGAUUUAGUGCCAUCUAGCAGUGAGGUUGCAGCAACGGACUGAAUACCCCUCGCCUCACCCUCAAAAACCAUCAAAGGCCCUCUCUAGAACCAGUGCUUGGUUUGUCCAUUCUGGGCUACUGUACAAACAUGGCGGCGGAACAUGGCGGAUCUGCUCCCUCUGUGAAAACAUACUCAGGAAUAUUCUGUUCCACUUCUGCCAACAGAUCCACCUAAAUGCAACACACUGGACCUUUAAUGGAAGCUAAACUCAAAUGUGUCAUGAUUGCUUUGUUUGUCGAUAUGAAUGCUGGCAUUCAUACUACACACUCAAAUUAAAGAUACUUAAUUUAU